AUGCCAGUAACGUAUUCACCGACGUUAGUGUUAGAUAACGAACGACAUUUAUUCAUUCGUCUCUUCAAAGAUAACGAUCGAAAUCGUAAACAUUUGCAACCAUUUCGAAUACUCAGCGGUUCAUUACAUUAUUUUCGUGUUCUACCACAAUUAUGGUCCGAUCGUAUUAAGAAAAUGAAGGCGGCUGGUUUAAAUACGAUUGAAACCUAUGUUCCAUGGAAUAUACAUGAACCCCAGCAAGGCAACUAUCAAUUUGGUAAAGGUUUCACUGAUUUAGCCGGCUUUCUUAAGUUAAUUCACGAAAAUGAAAUGUUUGCCAUCGUUCGACCCUCAGGUUACAUUUGUGCUGAAUGGGAAUGGGGUGGCCUACCGAGUUGGUUACUUCGCGAUGAAACAAUGCGCGUCCGCAGUAAUCAUCAAGGUUUUCUUCGAGCCCUACGAAAUUAUUAUUCGCGACUUUUACCAAUUCUCGCCGAACAUCAAUACAAUCGACAUGGAACAGGAUCGAUAAUUGCAUUUCAAAUUGAAAAUGAAUAUGGUAGCUAUGGUAACGAUACGACCUAUCUCGAAGCCAUUCGUUCGAUGUACAUCGAAUACGGUCUCGACGAAAUUCUAUUGACAUCUGACGGACCGAAAAAAUUGGCAGCCGGUACUCUGGAUGAUGUUUGGGCAACGGUCAAUUUUCAACGGGAACCAAGAGAAAAACUCGAAUAUUUACGCCAUUUUCGUCCAAAACAUCAUAUGAUGAUAACUGAAUAUUGGACCGGUUGGUUCGAUUAUUGGGGUGGAAAACAUCAGACCGGCUCUAGAACGCCGUAUGAUGCAAAGAUGUUCGAAGCUGAUCUCGAAGAAAUUCUUCUGACGUCGAAAGAAGAAAUUUCCAUCAAUUUCUAUAUGUUUUCCGGUGGUACAAAUUUCGGUUUUACUUCCGGUGCCGCCCAUUUUCCAUCCGAGCAGUACAAGCCUCUCGUGACAUCGUACGAUUACGAUGCACCAUUAAACGAAGCCGGCGACCCAACACCGAAAUAUUAUGCCAUUCGGCGUGUUCUUGAAAAGUUCUAUUCGAAACAUCCGGAUCUCUAUGUCUUGAAUAAUGAUCAUUCACAUCACAACAAAUACAGUCUUCCAACGAUUCCACCCUCACCAAAAAAAAUCAGCUAUGGUACCAUUCAAAUAAGUGGCUAUAAAACAUUCGACGAUAUCCUUGCUGAUGAUUUACUCACGGUCACUAGUGAACUAACCAAUGGGCCGAAAAGUAUGGAAAAACUAUCGGUCAAUAAUAAAUCCGGUGCCUCGCAAGGUUUUAUUCUCUAUACGGCCAAAAAUAUUGUGUCACUAACCAAAAGUCUAGCAUGUAAAGUGACUGUGACAGCUGUGGCCGAUAAUGCUGUCGUUCUUGUCAAUGGUCAAGUGAUAUUUCAAUCGUUGCCGAACAUCAGUCAGUUCCAAUUCGAUUUAUCGGACAAAGCUAAAAACUUGACGAUUCUCGUUGAAAAUAUGGGUCGUGUCAAUUUUGGUCCACUGCUUGAUCAUGGCCGAAAGGGUCUUCUCGGUAAAGUUCUACUGAAUGAUAAGAUUGAAAUUAAAGAGUGGAUAGUACAUGUUUUGGAAUUUCGUAAAGGUACAUCAAAUAUGAACAACUGGAGAUCGAUGUCGAUAGAAUAUCGUGCUAAUAAUUUUCUUCUCAAUGGUCCUCGUCUUUUCUUUGCUUCGUUUUUCAUCGAUAAUCAACAAUCGGUGGACGAUACUUAUCUGAAGUUGGAUUCCAAGUGGUCGAAAGGUGUAGCAUUUUGUAAUGGCUUCAAUCUAGGUCGUUACUGGAAUGUUGGUCCGCAACGGACACUGUACAUACCAGCUCAAUUACUUUUUAAAGGUUUAAAUCAAAUUCAACUCUUCGAACUAUAUACAUACGGACACAAUCUCUCCCUAGUUGAUACACCUAUGAUUAAUGAGCGAUAG